UCAGUCUCACACUGCACAGUCGUCGCAGAGGUCAAGCUUCUCUCUCUCACUUUCGCCAUGGAAGCUCUGCGAAGCUUGGCUCGAUUACUCCUCGCCUUCACGAUCUUCUCCAAUCUCUCACUGCUUGCCUUCUCCUCUCCUCUUCAGGACAUCCAGAUCGCCACCGCCGAACGCAGGAUUGACAUCACCUCACAUAUCAUCAAGGUUUUCUUGACGUUAAAGAUUGAAAAUACUGGCACUUCUCCUAUUUCAGAAGUGCUUCUUGCAUUCCCACCAACACAGGUUGAUCAUUAUCAUCACUCAAGGCAGCUCUUACCAUUGGAAAAAAAAAAAAACAUUUAUGUGCCCCUUGAAGUGAAUCCCACUGAACUACCUGAUGCACCAAAUGGGAAUAAGUGCUUUAAAAUAUUGCUGCUCAAUCCAUUGGAAAGAAAAAAAAACAUUUAUGUGCCCCUUGAAGUGAAUCCCACUGAACUACCUGAUGCACCAAAUGGGACUAAGUGCUUUAAAAUAUUGCUGCUCAAUCCAUUGGAAAGAAAAAAAAACAUUUAUGUGCCCCUUGAAGUGAAUCCCACUGAACUACCUGAUGCACCAAAUGGGACUAAGUGCUUUAAAAUAUUGCUGCUCAAUCCAUUGAGUGCUGGUGAAACUGCAACAUUAGAGGUGCUUUACAUAUUGACACAUUCUCUGGAGCCUUUCCCAUCAGAGUUAAGCCAAUCGGAGUCUCAGUUGGUUUAUUUCUGGGACAGUGCAAUAAUAUUGUCUCCCUAUUAUAUCAAGCAACAUACGACUGUUUUAAGAACUCCUAGUACUAGGGUGGAGUCAUUUACUAGAGUAGAACCCAGUACACGUGCUGGUACUGAGCUGAAGUAUGGACCGUACAAGGAUCGCCCUGCAUACUCUUAUUCUCCUGUUCUUGUUCAUUUUGAGAAUAAUAGCCCAUUUGCUGUUGUUGAGGAACUUGGACGUGGUGGAAAUCUUCAGAUCACGAAACAUUACACUCUAGCACAUGCUGGUGCUAGACAUAAGGGUGUCUUUUCCGAAGUUGAUUAUCAAGCUCGGUCUAGUGGUGUCUCUUCAUUCAAACAUCUCCUAGCAAGACUACCUCCCAGAGUCCAUUCAGUUUUCUACCAAGAUCAAAUCGGGAACAUCUCGUCAUCACAUUUGCGUACAGAUUUUCGGAGGUCAGAACUUGAAAUUGAACCAAGGUAUCCCUUAUUUGGAGGUUGGAAAACUACUUUCAUUAUCGGAUAUGGUCUACCAUUGCAAGACUUUCUUUUUGAGUCACCUGAUGGUAGGCGAUAUCUCAAUUUCACCUUUGGUUGUCCUCCUGCUGAGACGGUAGUAGACAAGUUUACCCUCAAAGUUGUGCUACCAGAAGGAUCAAAAGACGUGGUUCCUUUUAUGGUUGAGCAACAUCUUGAGACCAAACACUCAUACCUUGAUAUCGUUGGAAGGACAGUGGUCGUUCUUGAGAAGAAAAAUGUAGUUCCUGAGCAUAAUUCUCCUUUCCAGGUCUACUACAGCUUCAACCCAGUUUUCAUGCUGGCAGAACCGCUUAUGUUGGUUUCUGUGUUCUUCUUCCUUUUCAUGGCUAGUGUAGCUUACCUACACGUAGAUUUUUCCAUCAGCAAAUGAUAUAGCAUCUCCUGACUCAUUAAAGCUAAGAUGACCAAUUUGGAGCAGUGCAUGAGGAAGAGUCCAAUGCCGGUCAACUCGGGUUUUACAUAUUUUUAAUCAAUCGGUUCCUUAAGUAGUAAAAAAAUAGGAACCACGAACCGAAUCGUUUAAGAUAACGGUUCAAUUUCUGUGUUUAAAAAUGAAGGAACCGUUUAGGAAUCAAAACCAUUUGAAUACAUUUCAG